UUACACUCUCUGGGAAUGGAGAAAACGGAAAGGCCGUUGUUUACCUUGUGGCUUUCCAUCUGUUCUUUGUUAUGUUUGUGUGGUCCUAUUGGAUGACAAUUUUCACAUCUCCCGCUUCCCCCUCCAAAGAGUUCUACUUGUCCAAUUCUGAAAAGGAACGUUAUGAGAAGGAAUUCAGCCAAGAAAGACAACAAGAAAUUUUGAGAAGAGCAGCAAGGGACUUACCUAUCUAUACCACGUCGGCUUCAAGGGCCAUCAGAUAUUGUGAGAGAUGUCAGUUGAUCAAACCCGACCGCGCUCAUCACUGCUCAGCAUGUGACAUAUGUGUUCUUAAGAUGGAUCAUCACUGUCCUUGGGUGAAUAACUGUGUGGGAUUUUCUAAUUACAAAUUCUUCCUGCUGUUUUUACUAUACUCUCUAUUAUAUUGCCUUUUCGUGGCUGCAACAGUUUUACAGUACUUUAUAAAAUUUUGGACGAAUGAACUCUCAGACACACGUGCAAAAUUCCAUGUCCUUUUCCUUUUCUUUGUGUCCACAAUGUUCUUCAUCAGCGUGCUGUCACUCCUCGGCUACCACUGCUGGCUCGUUGGAAAAAACAGGACAACAAUAGAAUCGUUCCGUGCGCCCACAUUUUCGUACGGAUCUGAUGGAAGUGGUUUCUCUCUUGGAUGCAGUAAAAAUUGGAGAGAAGUCUUUGGUGAUGAAAAGAAAUAUUGGCUACUUCCAAUAUUUUCAAGUCCGGGUGAUGGCUGCAGUUUCCCGACUCGCCUGGUGGGGACGGACCCAGAACAAUCUUCUGUUUCAAACCAAAAUGAAUACGCCAGAAGUAUUGGCUCAAAUCAGCCCUUUCCUACUAAACCGCUUAGUGAAUCAAAAAACCGCUUGUUGGACAGUGAAUCUCAGUGGAUAGAGAAUGGACCUGAAGCAGGUGCUGCUGGAUCAGGGACAAAUAACCAUGUUACAGUGGCAAUAGAAAAUUGAGUUCCACUUGUUCAUAACUAACCAAUUGAAUAAGAGCAAGGUUUAUGAAAGCAUAGUAUGGACUGAUAUUUUCAUUUCUAUUUGCAAGAAAAUGAUCAAUGGAAUGAAAUAGUUGAAGUAUAACAGAAGACAUAUUUUUUAAAAAGGAAACCUUUGUGAGACCGCUGGACCCACGGGAGCACCUCUCAGAGCGGGAAGACGCCUUAGCCUUAAAUGAGCCCAUUCGGUCGACGCUGACUUACAGCCACGAAAGUGACUCGGACUUGCUUUGGAAGUAACACGGUUCCGACAUGCUGCGACAGGAGCUAUCGGGUCACAUGUUAACAUGGCAUACAUAGUUUUUGAUCCCUGAGUUACAUUAGUAGAGUUAUUUCUUAGUUAUUUCACUCUAGAAAACAAGCUAAAAAUUUGUCUCCAGUGAUGUAGGUCAGCGUGGUGGCUGAAAGCGAGUAACAAUAUGCAAAUUACUGCUGCUUGUGCUGUGUGAGGGAAAGAGAGUAACUGCUUUUUUAAAAAAAAUUUGGUGUUUGCUAAUUUACAGUUACUGUUUUAUACCUUUCAACAUUUUUAAUAAAGAUUUUUUUAUUGUUGGCUAUUAAAUAACACUCAGAAGGAUUUAGAUAACUAAAUAUAAUUGCUUAAAACAUGGAGUACUUUUGUAUAGUUCACUGAAGGCUUCGUUCUAAGCAUUAGUUAAACCAUGUGUGCUGCUGUGCCCAAGGGUUAAAAGAAAUGUGGCCGUGUGAGACAUUUUUGUUUCUCUCUGCUUUUUGAAGUACUUUUUUGUUGAGCUUUCAUGGGUAUUUAUACAGGCAGGGAAACAAAGGUUACACGUGUUGCAGAAACGCAGUCACAGUAGGAGUAGGUGGAGGUGGCCAGAAGAAAAGUGAAGAGAAAGAUUGACCUCAGGUCAGCUGUUAGAAGACACUGAGUGCUGCCUGCUCUUGAGUUGGCUCCCAAAUUUCAGCUUAGGGAAGCACUGAGAUCUGCUUUGAAACCUGUUAAAGGAAUACUGUAAACUGAAGUAGGGUGAAACUGUUUAGCAUAACACUGUUCUCAAGGAGGAAAUUCUCACCUGAGUCGUCGUUCGGAAUCUCUGUUUUCUGAGAGGUGGAUUCCACUCUUAAGUGCAGGAUGCACAGUCUGCCCUACCAGCAACCUCUUUCUGCUUAGACCCAGCUCCCCUUUUUCCUUUUGAAGUCCAGUCUAAGCAGCAGGACUUGUCGCAUUAAUUCUGAAGAAAAACAGCGUCCUUUAAAGGAGAGACUGCACAGAUGUUGCCGCCGUCCCUCCUCAUCCACUCUGCUUAGCCGGGCACGCGCACACGCCUGAUCACUUCUGUAAUGAGGCCGCUUUUAGCGCCAUCUGUGUGUGUCACGAUUACAGUUUCCUGUCUGUAGAGUGGGGCUAGGGCCGGGCUGUUGGCAUGACUUGGGCUGGGUGCCCUCUAACAGUCUUCAGUUUGUAAUUCUCACAAUACCGUAUGACAUCCAUCCAACAAGUAUUUGUGUAGUUCCUUCUGGAUGCCAAGCAAUAUACUAGAGAUAGCUCUGUGAUUUCCUAAUGCAGCGUAAGUUUUACAGCCACAUGCUCCAGGUUUACAGUUACAGGAUUUGUCUAAUUCUGUGGGCUAUGCUAAUAUUAGAUUUUAAAGGGAAGUAACUUUUUUUUCUCUUUGAACCAGAGGAAUGGGCUGGCUUUGAAAAUGCAGUUUGAAAUGCUGUAUAAUAUGGCUUCUUCCACCUUUAUUUCAACUCUGCGGUCUUAAUAGUCUUGAUUCUAGAAAACUUUUGUAUGAGAGUUAGGGGGCAUCAGUUACCAACCAGAAAUGACACUUAAGUUUGGCAGUUUGCAUGUUACAAGGAAAUGACAAUGUCUGAACGCAUGUGAUGCUUUCAGACACGUCCUCCUGGUGCUUGUGGGUAUCUCUGCGUUGAGGUCGCAGGACUGGCCGGCACCUGCUUAACCUUUCCCCUCAGCCUGCUUGGGUGCGUUAGUGUGUUUUCUUUUAAUUUCUGUUACUUAACAUCAUUUUUAGUAGUAAACACCUUUUCAGAAAUUUUCAGCGAAAGCCUUUUACUUUAGUUAUCUUUGGUUUAAUUAAUUCAUGGCCAACAUUUGCCACAUUCUAAAUAAUUUUUGGCUGAGUUCGCUCACACAUACUCGUGACUGUUGAGCAAGGGCCUGCAGGCGUGUGGGGAUCCGGGAAGGGCUGCCUCUUGGGUAGUUCAGCUUGUGUUGAGUCGUGCUGUCAGCUCCUUGGGGGAGAAAUGGCCGAAAUGAGCCUCGUCAGAAUGUGUUAGUACCACCUUUGGUCUUUCAAACACUUGAACAGUUGUGAUGACAUUUAAGGAGAAUAAGGUUGAAUUCCAGGUCUUGCUUUUCACAUUAAAAACAAACUAGACAGGAAACUUGGUUUUACCUGGGCGUGUACUUGAACAUUCUGUCCCUGAGGCGUCUGACCACCGUCACUGUGCCAAACCCAGGAGCAGCUGCAGCACGUGGUUACUCGGCAUAGUUCAGUUUCAUCUCUGCAGAUGCAUGGUUUUCUUAAAACCCUUUUACAUAUUUAGUGGUUAUGAUCUCAUGUCAUAAGUUAACUGUAAAGUUAGUUUAAAUCAAAUAUGCAAUGUUUACUUGAAUUCUGCUUCUAUUAGAAAGCAAAUUUUGACUGUUUACAGGAUUGUUUAAAUCACAGUUUUCCAGACAUGUGAGCUUUCCCUUCGGUCAUCUUGCAGAUGCAUAUUAAGGGCUCAGUGUUAGGAUCUGCAUACUUGGGGCAAUGAAAAGACAUAAGACUUACAAAUACAUUUCACUUAUAUUUUGUUCUAGGACUGGCACUGCUGUCAAUGGAAAGUAUUUUUAACUAAUCUGUUAUUGAGAAAUUAAUCAUAUUUUUGCAUUUCAGCCAACAUAAAGAUCAUAGCUACUAUUCUGUAAGAUAUAGCUAAUCUGUAAUCCUGAAAUUCAUGUGUUUCAUAUGAUCUGAACUGUAUUUUACAACUUAAAUUAAAAAUGCAAUAUAGAUUCAGAAAGGUCCAUAUUUUUCUAACAACUUCAUUUUGUAUUAUCUUGUUCGGUUGCAUAAAGGAGGAAUUGUAUUUGUAUUAAAAGCUUAAGAAAGCUGUUGGGUUUAUUGUAUUUGUACAUGAUUGCAGAUGAGUCUAUGCCCAUUUAAAAGAAAAGAUGGACACUAUUUUAAAGUGAUCUUUAAUAUGUUUUUAUAUAAACACAUCUGAAAUACAGUUUACUUUGAUGGUCUUUACUUACUAAGUCCCAUAAGUCUUGUAUUUGUUUCUCAUAAGUGUAACCUUGGACCAUGACUUAAUGUUAACUCUUUGCUUUGUCUUUUGGGUGGCCUAACCUACAUUAACAUGAAGGCGGAACAUUUUUAAAACAUUUCUUCCCAGAAAUCAUCAUCAUGAUUUACUUUAUUAAUAAACAAAAUCCUGUAUUUGAA